GGGUUCAGAGGCGUUGCAGGCGGCCGUGAGUUUGCACACGGUGCGAACGGUGCUGGUCACAAGGCUGCAUCGCAUAUUUGGCUGUUUGCAGCGGCUGGCUUCAGAGUAUGGUCAGCUGUCUUUCUCCUCAGAGGUGUCAACGAGGCCUGAGGAAGACCAGCGCAAGAAACAGGCCUGAGGUUUGGAUGAGCAGAACAGCUGCCUGAGAAGCACUUUGAAGCUGAACUAGAUCUGGGUUUAAAGGAUGUUUUCGUCCCAAUCUGGGCGUUGAGGAAUUUCUUAUAGUAUCUGACAUUGUCCAAGACAUCAGUCAUGUUCAAGAAGAGGGAUCCAGAGAGACAUUCCCUGGUGUCAGGAAAGAAGAACACAUACAGCACUGAGGGGGGCACGCCCGACCAGGAGGCAGUGCAGAUUGACGGCACCGGCGGCAUCAAGCAUUGCCACGACAACAGCCGUGCACGGGAGGAUCGCGAGCGAGAGAGGAAAGUCGCCAGGAAGAGGUUGUACUUGGUCUCUGUCAUCUGCCUGAUUUUCAUGAUCGGUGAAAUCCUUGGUGGGUAUUUUGCAGGCAGUCUUGCGGUUAUGACAGACGCUGCCCACCUGCUGGUGGACUUCACCAGCUUCAUCAUCAGCCUGUUAUCCCUCUGGCUCUCCUCCAGACCCGCCACACACAAGCUCAGCUAUGGCUGGCAUCGUGCAGAGAUCCUGGGUGCGCUGCUGUCAGUUUUCACCAUCUGGCUGGUAACAGGAGUGUUGGUUUAUCUGGCUGUGGAGCGCCUCAUCAGCGAUGACUACACCAUCGAGGGCACUGUCAUGCUCAUUACCUCUGGUUGUGCUGUGUUGGCUAAUAUUAUCAUGGCCCUCACCCUUCACCAGUCCGGUCACGGCCACAGUCACGGUGGUCUCAGCUCGCACGGCCACAGUCACGAGAAAGGAAAAGAACGCAAUCAGAUCUCAAAUCACGCCCACUCGAACGGUGACCAUGCAGACUUGGAGAACAACAAGAAUCAUGGACAAAAGGUUCAGCAGGCCAAUGCCAGUGUGCGAGCGGCCUUUGUCCAUGUGGUGGGAGAUCUUCUCCAGAGCAUCAGUGUGCUCGUCAGCGCCUUCAUCAUCUUCUUCAAGCCAGAGUAUAAGAUGGCUGACCCCAUCUGCACCUUCCUGUUCUCCAUAUUUGUCUUGUGCACCACCUUUACCAUCAUGAGGGAUAUUCUUAUUGUCCUGAUGGAAGGUACUCCAGCAGGGGUGAGAUACAGUGAGGUGCGGGAUGGUCUGCUAGCAGUGAAGGGGGUGACAGCGGUGCACAACCUUCACAUCUGGGCGCUCACCAUGAACCAGGCUGUACUGACUGCACACGUGGCCAUAGAUGAGUCAGUGGAUGCUCAGACUGUCCUAAGAGAAAUGACACAAGCUUGUUUCUCCUCCUACAACUUCCACUCUGUUACCAUUCAGAUGGAGAGACAGGCUGACCUGAAGCCUGGAUGUACUCUGUGUGAGGACCCCAAGAUGUAGGAACCUGCCUUUAUAUGAUCUGAGAGAGAUAAGACCAAGCUAUGUUUUAGCUGCUGUAACCUCUGGUGAAAACAAUAUGUAGUUGUUCUGCUCUGCUCAUUGGGCUCUCAGGUCUUAUGUUUUAGUGUGACAUUGAUGUCAGAGUCAAAUGACAAAGAAAUGCCUUUGUGCUGAGAUUCCAGAAGAAAUGCUCAUAUUGAAAUCACAAUGAGCAUGUGCCUGAAUGAAAGACAGGCUUCCUCAUGAUUGAAACAAUUUUAGAUUAAACGCUCCCUUUCGCCAUCAUGUGUGAAGUUUUACCCUCAUAACUUUAAUAUUUGUGAGUUGUUUAUGCUUUUAAGUGUCUUCAUGUUGAAUCAGAAAUCACAAUUCACUGUAUAAGUACACUGUACAGUUAAUCUUUUCUUUACCUAUACAUGUGAUAUGAUUGUGUUGAGUCACUACUAAUUUACACUUCUAUUCAUUAUCCUAAGUACACAUUUAAGUUGUGGUUGUUUAGCAUCUUACCCCAUGUGAAGCAUAAAAUACUCUUUGUUGGAACAUUAGCAAACUGUAUCAACCUAAGGCACAGGACACAGCCACAGGCAUAUGCACACAGUCUGGUAUGUAAAUAUGGACCAGUAAAUAUUUCUAUGCAUUGACUCCUACACCAGCAACCUUAGAAGUACUGUAUGUGGAGAGCAUCAAGUGUAUUUUAAUACCAACUACCUUUGUGCAAUUGUAAGGUACACACUGAAAUGAAUUAUUCAAUAAAA